AUGGUCAGACCUUCUGCCUCCGUCGAAAACAAGAAGCUCGCUCUACAGUUCGCCUCUGCGGUCUGCGCGUGCGAAGAUCCUGACUCUACCGUAUCCCGGACGGGGUAUUGCUCCUUGUUCCGUUGCCUGGCGCAAGCGUGCCCGUUUGCCAUCCGAGGACAAGACCCUUACGUGGGGCGGCAUGGGCUGACGGAGGUGGAGUUCAACAAGGUCCUCGAGAGGAACGGCUUCACCAAGCUCCGAGCCAAGAAGUCCUUCAAGAUGGAAGGAUCAGGACACGAGGACUCGCAGGAGGAUGGAGGUGAGCUGAUCGGAGGAAGGGGGCAGCAUGUCCGGCGACUGACGCUGGUGGUGCCUGCAGUGCGAUAUGUAUACUCGGGGUAUCGGUGGAGGAACCCCUCCGACCCGGACGAUCGCCGAGAGCUCGUGGAGGCGUGGAAAGCGAUAGCGGCGACGUCCGGGCCGUUUGCGACCUGCUGCAGGCUGGAGGCGUUCCUGGAGGUAUGCAAGGAGUACCACGACGGCUGGAAGAGCUUCUUGUGCAGAGUGCCCACGUACCCUCGCUUCUUUGAGGAGGUCGACGAGGCCUUGAGCCCCACCAAGCGCAAGCUGGACGAGGCUUGGAGCGAUGAGCCCAGCAACGCCGUCGUCACUACCUCGAUGCUGCCAAGGCCAGCCAAGCUCCUCCACGCGUCCGCUUGUCCUUCCGACGUCGUGGACCAAGGCUGCUGCGACCUGGCGUCGACGGCCUCUGAGACGGAGCAGGGGGAGGAGAGCAGCUGCGGGGAGAUCGACUUCAUGACGGAGGCGCACCUGAGGGAGUGUCUGGGGGCGUACGAGCUGGAGGGGGCGGACGGCGUCAAGCAGGAGGGUCAGCUGGCCUGCUACGGCGGGGCUUGCCGGCGAGACUGGGGCGCGGGGCCUCUACCGGAGGAGGAGAGCGCGGUGAUGAUCCAGAGCUUUCUGGAGUCGUGGGAGCGAGUGGACGGGGCUGAAGGGCGCGAGGGGUCGCUACAGCGAGUGAUCGAUGAGAUCAUCGUGAGCCCGCUGAACCCCGAGGACAUCGAGGAGCUGGUGGGGACGGAGGGAGCCCUCGUGGAGCUGGUUUGA